CGUAUCGACAGUGAGCAGUUCUCGCCAGCUAGGAACUGACAGAAAAGUGCAAACGCGUACAACUUCUCGGAUCGCGCUCAUCCUGUGUGGAUCACCGGAGAAAAGAUUUAUGGAUCUUCGCGGAAAUCGGCCCGUUAACUUCGAGGAGGUAUGGUCUGUUGGCGGAAGAUAUUUGCGCUUCCUUCUGCCAGCGCUUCGAGCUACGAAUCGGAGAACGGGUGACAGAGCGUCUUUACAUGUGUUUCUGUGUAGCCAUCCGGAGCUUGCUGCGUCUGACGCGUCAGUAGGUCUUUCUGCAUCUGACGAAGAAAUGCAGUAUUGGUACGAGCACUUCAGAUUUGAUAAGCGACAUAACACAACCGCCAGUGCUGAUAAGGACAGCGAAGCGUUGCUACAAGAGCUACGGGACAGUGUGGAAAUCAAGGCAUUGAAUCGCUUCCGUCGUGCUGGACCUCGCAGUACGGAGCAUGUGGUGGACCCCGAUGACCAUGGGAGUCAGGAGCUCGUCAAUUUCGACGGCCAGUUCGAGCAUCUGGAUCGGUGCUAUCGCGCGGUGAAGCAGUUCGAGACCCAUUUAGUUUCCAGCACGCGCGGAGCCGACAGUACGUAUUUUACCCAUUUCAUUCGUGCUCGACCUGAUCUGGUGUUUUUUGACGACGUGCCA